CACGCGCCACCAACGUGCCAAUCAUCUCUCUGACCUCGCAUCUUUCUAACUGAUAGUGAUGUAGAUGUGUCCGUCUGCUUCUCGUGGAUAAAUGAUCACUAAUCACCCAAAGAAGAUGAAGGACAAAUCUGGCGUGAGCGGAAUGUCCGUGGAUGAGAAGUCUGAAGCCCCCAUGUAUGUGUAUGAGUCAACAGUUCAUUGUACCAAUAUCCUCCUCUGCCUCAACGACCAGCGGAAGCAGGAUAUCCUGUGUGAUGUGACUGUCGUGGUGGAAGGCAAGGAAUUCCGAGGGCAUCGGGCCGUGCUGGCUGCCUGCAGCGAGUAUUUCCUCCAGGCACUUGUGGGCCAGGCAGAGAAUGGCUUGGUCGUUAGCCUUCCUGAAGCGGUCACUGCCAGAGGAUUCGCCCCAUUGUUACAGUUUGCCUACACUGCUAAGCUGUUACUCAGCAGAGAAAACAUUCAGGAGGUCAUCCGCUGUGCCGAAUUCCUACGCAUGCACAACCUCGAGGACUCAUGUUUUCGCUUCCUGGAAGCUCAGCUACGCAGCGAGGAGGAUGGCUUGCUGCUUUGCCACAAGGUGGCAGGAGAAUCAAACAAUGUGGAGGAUGAGAGCAUGCAAUCAGAAGCAGAAAGGCCCACCUCCCCCAUGGCUCGGCAUUGUGCAGAUGCCCUUACUUCCUGUCGAGACCCUGAUAAUGAUCGGCUAGCAAUGGCUAUGCCUAGUAACUUCAUGGAUAGCCGGCUGGACUUUGAUCGGCAGGGAGCAUCAGACCUGCCACGAUGCCCCAAGUACAGGAAAUACCAGUGGGCUUGCAACAAGCACAAUAAUGACUCCUCCUCACAUACCAGUACCUCAGGUUUUCCUAGCACAUUAAAAGAGACUGCCAUUAGAGGGGCAAUGGCAAGUCAGGGCAGGCUGCCUUUGGCACAGAUCAAAGUGGAACCACAGGCAGAGGAAGAGGCCAUUUUGUGCCUGUCAGGAGAUGAGCAGGAUGUCAGGGAUAAGGACGACCUGACAGCCAUGGAGAUGGAUAAUCCCAUAUCUGUAGAAAGAACCAAGAGACCCAAGUCCCCUUCCUGCUCGCGAGCCUUCAAGAAAGGAGUGGACAGCCCGAGCCUGCCCAACACAUCACAGCAGCUAUUCACCAACAGACUUAUCUGCCCCCAGGACAAAGGAAACUCUCAGGGAGAUCAUAAAAAAGACUUCAGGCCUUUCACUGGGGAGCUGGCUCUGUCUGUUGCAUCCCCAAAGGAGGUGGACGGUUUCCCUGCUAGUUUGUCCCUAAAACCAACUUCCUGUGAUGGGGUCUGCAAACAGGAAGUUGAGCUAGACCGCCGCAGUGUCAUAUUUUCCUCAGGGCUCUGCAAUCGCCUGGGAACCCCAGCGCAUUCCUACCCUGAUGGGAACUCUUUGGAGAUAGAGCUCUCUGAGCACAUGACAAAGGGACUGUGGGCUGGAGCUAGCCAUUCCCUACCCACCUCCCAGUCCUAUUGUCCCAGCACCACUUCUUCUGAGCCCCAAGUCCUGUGCCGCCCACGGCCCAACACCAGCUGCCCAGUGCCAAUCAAAGUAUGCCCACGCUCACCACCUUGUGAGACACGCACCAGGACUUCCAGCUCCUGCUCCUCGUACUCCUACGCAGAGGAUGGCAGUGGAGGCUCUCCCGGCAGCCUGCACCAGUUUGAGUUCUCCUCCUCACCAUGCUCCAAUGUGGCUCGCUGCCUCAACGUGGACCAGCAGGAGCAAAGUGUGGGAGGGGAUACCGUUUUUAACCAGGUGCGGCCCAAGAUCAAAUGUGAGCAGUCCUAUGGCACCAACUCCAGUGAUGAGUCAGGUUCCUUUUCAGAGGGAGACAGCGAGUCCUGCCAUGUGCCGGAGCAAGGGUCAGAUGUGAAGCUUCCUUUUCCUGUAGAUCAAAUCACAAAUCUUCCAAGGAACGACUUCCAGAUGUUGGUGAAAAUGCACAAACUGACCUCGGAGCAACUUGAGUUCAUCCAUGAUGUCAGGCGGCGAAGUAAGAACCGCAUUGCGGCGCAGCGCUGUCGUAAGAGGAAGCUUGACUGCAUCCUCAACUUGGAAUGCGAGAUCAGAAAGCUGGUGUGUGAGAAGGAGAAGUUGCUGACUGAGAGGAACCAGCUAAAGGCAUGUAUGGGUGAGUUGUGGGAGAACUUCUCCUGCCUGUCGCAGGAGGUGUGCAGGGAUGUUCAGCUGAGCCCCGAGCAGGCCCAGUCUUUACACCACUACUGUCCCAUGCUGCGCCCCACCAACUCCACUCCCAGCAACAAAACUGCCCACGAGCCCAAGGCCUCCCUCAGCACCCCCACCACCAACACCACCACCAGCAUCGACCUUACCACUCACUCCGGUUCGGCCACGCCAGAGCCAACCUUUCACGGGUCACCUGGCCCCUCAGAGAGCGAGUCUGACCUGGCUGUCAGGAAUGGGGCAGACAAAGAUACAGACGGCCAAGAUGCCACCAGCUUGUACACAAAGUCAGGGCUGCCGGUGGAUAAAUCCAACCAGACGGUAACCGUGGAUUUUUGCCAGGAAAUGACUGACAAAUGUACAACUGAUGAGCAGCCAAGGAAGGACUGUACACAGUAGUGGUUGUUGUCCUGUUGUUUUGGAUGUUUGGUUUGUUUUUUUCAUUAUUUAAUUUUACUCUUCUGACAAACCCUCUCUCAGGGUUGUUGAGACAGUCAGCCUCUGCCAGUGUUCACUGAAAAACAAGUUUUAUUUGUAUUUAUGUCUUUUUUCUUUUUUUUUUUUUGUUGGUUGACACUAAAGUUGUCUUAACAGCAGCAAUACUGUUCUCCAGGAAUUCUCCUAUUACCAUGACAGAGUGGGAACUUCUCACCAAACCCUUACAAUGGUGCUAUACUCGCCCCGGCAGCAACCUCUACAGUGGAGACUCUGUUCUUCAUGUGUCACACAUCACAACUCGAAGUCAAACCUCAUUGGACCUAAACAGCAGCUCGCUUUGUCUGUCUGCAUACCAGCAGUAUGUCAGUUCCUGCCUUUGUCUUUCCCUCUUCUCUCCUUCCCACUCUGUCUCUAUCAAUCUCUUCUACCUCUUUCUUUCUCACUCUGCAUCUUUUCUCUCUCUCUCUCUCUCUCUCUGUCUUUUUCUUCUUUCACUAUAUCUCAGUGGCUCUUUUCGUCACAGCAAUUCAAACUCAGGAAGAAAAAAAAAUGUUCAACUCUGAAUGUUCAACCUAAUUCAUGAAAAAUGAGAAAACAGCUUCUGUACAUGAGGAAGUUGUGAACUGUAAAGUGUUCAUAUGCAAAAAUGUCUUCAAGCGUCUCUCAUUUGUAUUUCUGUACAGAAGAAUUUUGUACAGGUUGUAACCGAAAACAUUCCUCCUAUGCCUUCCACAUGGAAUUGAAAGGAGAAAAAAAAGGCUUUUGCAGGCAGUUAAAUGGCUAUUUUUAUUUCCCACUCAUCAGCAAUACCAUUGUAUUUGGAUGUUGUACUGGUGACUUUAAAGUGCUCGUUUGGCAGACGUGUAUAUAGUAUGAAGCAUGAUGACUGUAACAGUGAUUUUGUACAGGUAGAUGCUUAGAUGUUUCUUUUUCACUGCACCUUUUUGCUAAGGGAAAAUCUUUGCUUUGCUGUUUCCUGUCCUGCCUAACGAACACUCCCCAUCACGGUGGGUGUUCUUAAACUCAGGAAAUCAGCUUUGAUACACAAUUAGACAUGCAUAAACAGUACAUACAGGCACACACAUCAACACACACAAACUUACCAUUUUGAGCCCCUUGCAUGUACAGUUUUGGAAAAAAGUUUACAUACACUCAUAAUCAUGGUAAUGUUGGGCUUUUAAUGAUUUCUUUUAAGGUGCAUAAUUUUUAAUUCUUUUGGAUUUUCUCUCAUCCACACAGGGUCAAAUCUAUUCAUACACCCCCCCUGUUUGGUUAAAUGUAGCGAGUUGCACCUCAGUCAGAUGCUUUUGGUAGCCGUCAACAAGCCUCUGGCAUCAUUCCACCUUAGAAAAAAAGUUCAAAGAAAUCAUUCAAAGCCCCAAAUUAAAAGACAUUGAUGCCCCUGAUGAGUGUAUGUAAACUUUUAACGACAACUGUAUAACUGAAGAUGUGUUUUUGAGAGCGCGGCUCAGGUCGGCUCUUCUAAACCUUUGACACCUCUUUAAAUGUGAAAAAAAAUUCCUUGUGUUUUCUUUUGUUCCCUUUUUUCUAAAGUUUCUUCUCAAAACUUUAAGAUUCUUUUUCAUACACAGAGUUGGGCUGGGUUUCCUCAGUGUUGUCAGCUGAUGACAACAGAAAGCCUCUCCAUUUUCUCCCCCAAAUUUAUCUUGAUAACAAUAAAAUUGACAAAUGGAAAAAUAUAA